GUUGCUUCCCGUGGCGCCUCUUCCCGUGACACUUUCCUAGCCAUGGGCAAGUUUAAAGUUGGCCGAUUCAUAGGGAAAGUGAUGAGCGUUGCGGUCCCACUUGUCAGAGUUGUUACUGCGACCACCCCUAUUGGAGCCUUGAUGCAAGCAAGCCUUGCAGUGAUUCAGGUGGCCAAAAUCAAGAAUUCACAUUUGGCCCUGCUUGUUCUCAACUUUGCUGCUCCUGGUCUCAAUAGUGGAAUGCUCUCACAACGUUUAGCAGCUUCUAUUCCGGGGCUUGUCGGCACGUUUAACCCAAGAGCCGGUGCAGCUUUGCAGCUCCUUUUGCAAGGGCCAAAUCAAUCCCAGAGUUUUCUGCAAGUUGCCGAAUCUGCUGCAGAAAAUGCAGCACAGUUGAUGAUUCUGGUGGAUCAAAGAGAAUUGGCUGCAGUCUUGGGCAACAUCAGUGCUGCAGCCGGUGGCUACUGUGAGGUCACUGAGUUGCUGAACAUCCCUGACAUGUUCGCAGGCAUCAUGCAAGCAAAUCCUAGUGAUUUGACGAUGGACUUGAUUUUUGGAGCACCUCACUCUGGUCCAGGCUUUGCAUCUGAGCACAGGGGGCCUGUACUCCCUGAUCGUCCAAGCUUUGCUGGGCCUGCUCAGCAUGAGCUGCUUGGAGGGCCAGUUUCAGGGGAACUUGGCAGGGUGCCAACCUUUGACAGCAGAGACAACAUUGCUGGAAGCCAGGGCAUAUUUGCUCCCAGGCAGCCCUUGAUUGGCAGAUCACAUCUUCCGAAUGAGUCAUUGGCACAUGGAACAUGGUCUCCAGUGCCCGACUUGAUGCGGUUGCAAGGUGGCAACUUUGUUGAACCACGCCCUCACCUUCAGACAAGUUCGUCCUUGACACAUCGGUGCCCCAACAGUGUGGGAGAGUAUACUGAGUACAUGGGGCCCAUACUGCCUGAUCCUCGCCUUGCUGCUCAGCAUGGCAGCGAGUUCAUGGCAAGCCCAGUGAACGUGGAGAGACGGGCACAGCAAAUGCAUCAGGUGCCGGAAAGAGCAGGAGUUCCUCGAAGAGCGCAGGUGCUUGGUGGUGAUGCCACAGUGGAACGUGUUUAUUGGCUUCGGAGCAAGCUGAAACAAGUCAUCCCAAGGGUGGGCUACGUUUCUCACGGAGGACUUUUGCUGCAAUCAAGGACUGCUGACGGAAGAAUGCAUUACCAUGUGCUUGAGUACAUGGGGGACGGCAAAGUCUAUUGCGUCCCUCUUGCCUCCGGGGUGCAUCCACUUAGCGUAAAGGUUGAACCCUACAAUGAUUGGGCCCCACAUUGGCCCGCUGGUGUCGCUUACGAGAAGCAGAGACAUGGUUGGUCCAUUACCGAGGCGAACAGGACUAGCGUGACUGGGCUGAAAGAGAGAAUGGAAUUCCUCAUGUCCGCGCGCCGAUAUGAUGUUCUCGAAUGGAACUGCCACAUGGCAGCACACAGAAUCUUGCAAAGCCUAGGGAUUGAUGUGCCUGAAACCUAUGAAAAAUUCUGGCAAGGUAUUCUGGCAGGUUUUCAUACAAUGGGACGAGCUGAUUGUCUCUUCGGAGAUUGAGAUCACAUGUCAAGCCUGACUGCCUUGCUAAAAACCUUCCCCGAAAGUCUGCAAUAUGCUAAGGGCAUGACCGACAGGAUGAACUGCCCUGAAACGGCGCGAUGCUUUUUUUGUGCAUGGCCGGAGAGCCUGCAAUCGAUUUGAGAAAA